GUUUUUGUUAAUUUGAAAACCCAAACAUUGUCAUCAUUUUCCACACAUGGUUUGUUUUACAGAACCUGUUGUUUAUAAGUUGUUGUAAUAAUGGAAAAUAAUGGCACAGCUCAUGUGAAGGGAGAGAAACGGAAGCUGGAACCCGACGAGGAGACAGAGGUCAAGAAGAAGUCGGAAACAUCGUCAGAUAAUUUGGUGGAGGCUUACUCAUCAGAUGAUGAGUACGAACAUCUUAACGAACCCAAAGUAGAUCGGAGCAGAAGUUGUCCGUACCUUGAUACUAUUAAUAGAAGUGUGUUGGAUUUUGAUUUUGAGAAGUUGUGUUCUGUUUCCCUCUCCCAUUUAAACGUAUACGCCUGCCUAGUGUGCGGGAAAUACUUCCAGGGAAGAGGGCGUAAAUCACACGCAUACACGCACAGUGUUGAAUGCAACCAUCAUGUGUUUCUGAACCUCUAUACACUUAAGUUCUAUUGCUUGCCGGACAAUUACAUGAUCGUGGAUUCUUCACUGGAAGAUAUAACGUACGUGUUGAAUCCCACUUUCACCAAGAAACACAUCAAGCAAUUAUUAAAUGACUCCAAACUCAUGCGUGCGUACGACGGCACAACUUAUCUACCAGGCAUUGUGGGUUUGAACAAUAUUAAAGCUAACGAUUACUGUAAUGUAAUCUUGCAGGCUCUCUCCCACGUUCCACCGUUACGAAACUAUUUUUUACGUGAGCAGAAUUACUCUCAUAUCAAGCGGCCACCCGGUGACAUUAUGAUCUUACUUUCUCAGAGGUUUGGAGAGUUGAUUCGAAAACUUUGGAACCCGAGAAAUUUCAAGGCGCACGUUUCACCACACGAGAUGCUGCAGAGCAUUGUUCUUUGUUCACGGAAAAGGUUCCAGAUAACGAAACAGGGCGAUCCACUUGAUCUGUUAACGUGGUUUCUUAACUCUAUGAAUGUUGCUUUGAAUGGGAGUAAGAAACGCACAAGUAGUAAGUUUUGGUUGGGGUUGUGUGUUAUGUUGUAUAAGGAGAUUAGGAGAAAAAUGAAAAUUUACUCGCGGAAGAUUCCGAAUCCUGAAACUCCUGAAGAAUUGAAACAGAAGCUUUUAAAGGAGGAUGAAUAUCAAGAGAAGAUGGAAAAAUCCCCGUUUCUAUAUUUAGCGCUCGACUUACCCGCUGCUCCUCUAUAUAAAGAUGAGUUGGAACACAACAUUAUACCACAAGUUCCGCUCGCUACUUUGCUUGCCAAGUUUAAUGGAAUGACUGAGAAGGAAUACAAAGGCAAAAGGGAUUCCACAAUGAAGAGAUUCGAGAUAACCCGUCUUCCCCCAUAUCUUAUAUUUUACAUCAAACGUUUCACGAAGAAUUUGUUUUUCAUCGAGAAAAAUCCGACCAUUGUUAACUUCCCAGUCACGAACAUAGAUUUAGAGGAAUUGGUAGCAGCAGAUGCUGACGUACCACACACAUGUUAUGACUUGAUGGCGAACAUCGUUCACGAUGGCGACCCGAACGAAGGGAAGGGGUCGUACAGAGUUCAUAUUUUACACCAAGGUUCCAACCAAUGGUACGAACUACAAGACCUUCACGUGUCAGAUAUUUUGCCACAAAUGAUCACGUUAUCUGAAGCAUAUAUCCAAAUAUGGGCGUUGAGGACAGACAAGAGCAAACCACCCGCCCCCAUGGAAGUUUGAUGAAACUACCUUUGUUAAACAAUGUGAAUAUAAAGUUUUAAUAAACUGCCCAACUAUUAUUGUUGUAAUUGCUGCAGUUUAGUUUCGCUGUAAAUGUAACUAUAACACGGAUGGCCUUCGCAAGACAGUAUCUGCGACUAUUGGUUUAUAAACACAAACAAUCUACAUCCCGUCAUACUGACAAACAAACAAAAGUUUUUGCUGAUUGGUUGCGAUCACAAACCGAGUAACUUUUCCCGCAAAUAAAGUUUGUUCACAUA